CUGAGUAAAUCAGUGAGAGGAAGUUCAGUAUAAAAGCAUUUAUUUAGCUUCUGUUGUGAUAUAAUCUGUCAGGACAAUGUGGUUUAAUGAAGAAAUGGAAGACAUGGACACGCUGGACACCCCGUGGUGUUGGCAUUACCUGGCAGACUGUGGACGGUGGCACAGAUUCGAGGAUGACCCUGAUAACCACCUCUGCAGUGAGGAUAUUGAGAAGUGCUACCAAAGAAACUCAAAAGCCGUUUUAAACACAUCAUCAUCCAAUUAUCACACCAAGAUCGAUUUCUCAGCAAUGUUACAGACUGACCUCAGAACAGGAAGGCAAAGAAGAAUUCAGCGAGGCGGCCCCAUUGAGAAACGCUGUUCCUGCUUCAGCGCCUCACCUGUCUUCUGGGAAAAGUUCGAUCCCGCUUCCCCGUAUCAGUUAAUCCCUCUGAGUGAGUUCACCCCUGAGUAUAAGUGUGUGGCAGGUUACAUGAAGAAUGAUGGGCUGUUGGACAGAUCUAUCGUGUCCAUCAGCAGGAUACAGAAUUUGGACCUGUGGGAUAUCUAUUGCAGGAAAAAGAAACAGCUGAUGAGACUUCAAGGCGUCAAAGAAAUUCAGGAGAAAAGACUGUUUCAUGGGACCGAAAACAAAAAUGUUGACAGCAUUUGCAAGUAUAAUUUUGAUUUACGGCGAAGUGGAGAACACGGUCACGUCUAUGGCAAAGGAAUAUAUUUUGCAAAGCAUGCGGCGUAUGCAGACAGAUACAGCACGAAGAGCAGGGAUCCAUUGCCUCUGUAUGGCGGGGAAAGGCGAGGCGUAGAUUGUGAACUCACUAAAAUCAUAUUCCUGGCUCGAGUGAUGACCGGGAAAUCAAGGGUUGGAGAGCAAGAUUUCCUGAAACCCGAUCAUGGAAGUUCUGAAAACACACACGACAGCUGCGUGGAUGAUGUCCAGCAUCCCACUAUUUUUGUUAUUUUUGAUCCCAAUCAAAUAUAUCCAGAGUACUUGAUUCAGUACAGGUGAAGGUCGACUCUUGACACGUUUGUUUACAUAAGACGAUGUUACACAGAUUUCUCUUUGAAGACAACAUGAAUAAAUA